CGAGUCGUCCUUCUGUACAUGCUAUAUUGUACAUAAAUUUGUCAAUAUUCAUUCUGCAGCUGUAGUGUGAGAAAAGAGACACUCUAAUACACAUUAUCAUUGUAAUUUACAUAAUGUAUCUGAUUAAGAUUUCUUUCACAAAUAUUUGCAUUUGAAAGAUUGCAAGGUUUAACGCUAGUUUUAUCCCUCUCUAUACAACUGAGCGUCGCCAUCGUCACACGUCUGCGCACUCGAUGUCGAGGACAACUCAUAGUUGGGGGACAUUAAUCAUCUCGUUGGAUAAAAAUAAAGUAUUCUAAACAGAGGUGGAAGAGGAGAACGAAAUACGUAAACAUUCGUUAAAUCUGUUUUAUAUGCUUAUUGUUGGUUAGAUUAUUAUUUUUGGAAACGAGCUAUAAAAUGACAUCGACGUUUGAUUUAAUGCAAGAUGGAUCAUCUAAGACCGCAUCAAGGAAAUACUGGAUUAUAGCUAUAAUAAUUGGUGUGUUAGCUUUUAUAAUAGGAAUAUUAAUAGGUAAAUACGCGGCUUGUGAUACGUCGUCUGAUGCGGUCAUUCCAGAGAAAGAUGGUGUAUUUCUUCCCGGAGUUCCGGAUGCUAUCAUCAAAGAAGCUGAUCUGUCAUUCAGAGAUUUGUUAUUAACCAGUAUCGAUAGUAAGAACAUCGAAACAUAUCUAAGGACUCUAACAGAGAAACCUCAUAUAGCUGGUUCACCAGAAGAUGAAGACACAGUUAAUUAUAUAAAAAAGUUCUGGGAGAAUGUUGGUUUUGAUGAUGUACAGACAGCAACUUACGAUAUAUUGUUAUCUUAUCCAGAUAAAAACAAUCCUAACAUGAUAGAAUUACUUAAUGAAAAUAAUGAAAUUGUUUAUCAAACACCUAUAGAAGAAGAUAUUCUUACUCCAGGCAAAAAUAAUACAGAGGGUAUUCCCCCUUUUAACGCCUACUCUCCUAAAGGAAUUGUUACAGGUCAGUUAGUUUAUGUUAAUUAUGGUAGAGUAGAAGAUUAUAUACAUCUAGAUUCUGUUGGUGUUAAUGUAUCAGGCUGUGUAGCCAUAGCAAGAUACGGUAAAAUCUUUAGAGGAAGCAAGGUCGACAUAGCCCAGAAGCAUGGUGUUAUAGGAUUAAUCCUAUAUUCUGACCCGGCAGAUUAUGCUGUACCAGGUGAAGGAGUUUAUCCUGAUGCAUGGUGGUUACCUGGUUCAGGUGCCCAGAGAGGAACCAUUUUUACUGGUGAUGGUGACCCAUUGACACCAGGAUAUCCAGCUAUAAGUACAGCAUACCGAUAUGAAGAAGACAAAGUUGAACCACCACUUCCUAAAAUACCAGCACAUCCUAUUGGUUAUACAGUGGCUGAACAAUUACUCGUGAAUUUAGGUGGGGCUGCUGUGACAGAUAAAUGGAAAGGGGACAUAAAUAUUACUUAUAGAUAUGGGCCAGGAUUUCUCAAUGACAAUUGGAAAGUAAGAAUGAAUAUAUCCACGCAACGUGCCCGUCGUAAUUCUUCUAAUGUAAUUGGUAUUAUAAAAGGCGCUGUCGAACCAGAUAGAUAUGUCAUAUUUGGUAAUCAUCGUGAUGCCUGGGUGUAUGGGGCUAUAGACCCUUCCAGUGGUACAGCUGUUAUGAUGGAAACUGCCAGAGCAAUGGCUGCUUUGGUUAAAUCAGGUAAAUGGCGACCACGUCGAACUAUUUUAUUCUGUAGUUGGGGUGCGGAAGAAUAUGGACUUAUAGGAUCCACUGAAUGGGUUGAGGAAUAUAUCAAGAAUUUAAAAGAAAGGACAAUAGCUUAUAUAAAUGUAGAUAUAUCAGUUGAAGGAACACAUUCUCUUCGGACACGAUCUGUUCCUUUAUUAUACAGAGCUGUCUAUGACGCCGCUAAACUGGUUGAGAACCCUAAUGCUACAGAGAUAGCCGCAGGAAGAAAAACAGUUUACGACACAUGGUUAUUAAACAGACCCUGGAAAAUAAAUGGUGAAAUGUAUGGAUCACCCGAGCUGAAGGCAAUGGGUUCUGGUAGUGAUUAUGCACCAAUGAUACAGAGAGCUGGGAUAUCAACUGUAGAUUUCACGUAUACUUAUAAUGAACAUGGAUAUAAUGUGUCUGGCUACCCACUCUACCAUUCUCAAUAUGAGACAUUUUAUGCGGUUAAGAACCUGGUUGAUCCAGACUUUAAGUAUCAUCAAGCAGUUUCUCGGGUUAGUGCUGAAAUGGCAAGAAAUUUAGCCGACUCAUUAAUACUUCCACUAAACGUGUCAGAUUAUGCCUGGAAUAUGGAAAACCUCAGAGUAUCUCUAGAUUCAGAAUAUGGGGCUUAUUUAAAGGGGAACAUCAGUAAUUAUGAUGAUUUACAGAUGGUCAUUAAGGAAUUGGGUGCAGAGGCGUCCAAAUUUCAAGAAAGAGUGAAAACAAUCAACAAAAAUGAUCCAUUAUUAACCAGAAUGGUGAAUGAUCAGCUAAUGUUAUUUGAGAGAACUUUCUUAGAUCCAGCUGGAUUACCUGGGAGGCAUCUGACAAAGCAUAUGAUAAUGGCGCAAAGUAGUACUGAUUCCUAUUCCGGAAGUAGUUUUCCUGGACUAGUUGAUUUGCUGUUCGAAAUCGAUAAAGCAACCGACCCUAAUGCAAGAUGGGACCAAAUCAGACAACAUUUCUCUGUUAUUUUAUUCACUAUCCAAUCAGCGGCGUCAACUCUUCGUGACGUAACGUUAUUCCAUUCCAUUACAAAAUAAAAUACAUGGCGUUAUACCUUAAAAUGCCUGCGUUUUAUCAUCCAGCCGUUGCUAUUAUAUUUGUUAAUAUAAUCCAUAUGUCAAUUGUAUUUACCCGUUUUUAUAGGUCAGAUGUAUGCAUAUUAGAAUUGUACUAUAUGAAUAUUAAAUAAAUUGGAAAAGUGUU